CUUUAUCAAAUAUAUGGAAGGAAAUCAUUGGAUGAAGUAUAUACCAUAUUACGUAAUUAUUCAAUUGAUUAUAUCAUUAUUGAAACAUCAAUAUGCUUCACUAAGAGUACAGGAUGUCGGGAAGCUGAUUUAAUUGAUUUUGAAAAUAAUGAGGUUAGUCAAAAGCUUUUUUAA